GCCCACCGAGUCAGCGCUACGUACUUUAAAGAUGGCGGCAUGUGUGAGUGUGGGAUCUGAUGUUUUUAUUAGCCUCAAGUUUGUGAUUUGAAGUACUGUAUUUCGGCAGACGCUAAACGCCAGGUUUCCGUAGAUCGCUUAGACUUGCGCUCUCCGUCGUUCAGAUGUCUGAGGGCAGAUAGACGGGGAUGUGAUCGGUCACCGCACCCGUGGAGAGGUAGAGUUGGUGGCCAGGUUGUCAUGCUAAAACUGACAGCUGUAAUCAGCUAGCUGAUCACGUACACUUAGAAAGGGCAUCGUGCACGAAACCUUCAGCAAUUGUGACCUUCUGUGCUUCAGACACUACGUAGCCAGCAGGUGACAACCUGCUAAUCAGAUCACAGUCAUAGCCGCUGUGGUCAUAUGUUUAGAAAGUAAGAUUAGGUGCUUUGCCUUGGUUAGCAGGUUAACUGUCAGUCACUGAAUACUGCUGGUUACUUUAACACUUUACAAUCCCAUAGAUAAAUCAGUCUUGUGUGUUUAGUACAAUUUGCAUUGCUUUUAUUUACUCUGCCAAGCACCUGCAGCAUAUUGAAGCCGUAAAGCCCCUUUAAUGAAUUGCCCGUGGUAGACUGGUGGUCUGUCUAUCUGAUGAGGACAGGAUUCAAGCACUGAAUGACUGACAAUGUUCAUUGUGUAAUUCAUUUUGUGGUUUCUGGUCAUUUUCCCCAAUACUAUUUUGCGGUAGUAGAAUGCUAUCCCGAGCUUUAAGGAAACCCCUUUCCUGUGGAAAUCCAAUAGUGGCGGGUUUCACUGGGAGCUAUUGUAGUCGUCUGUGUUUUCAUCAGACCGCCGUGUGUAAAGUUGCUUCGCAAGCUGAAUGUGGCUUCAAACCGGCGAAGGUGGCGGUUGUGACUAAAACCACACGAUAUGAAUUCGAGCAGCAGAGAUAUCGCUAUGCGGGACUGUCGUCGGAGGACCUUAAACAGCUGCUUGCACUGAAAGGAUCCAGUUACAUUGGGCUUCUGGAGAGACACAAUUUACACACCUUCAAUGUUGGACAGAUUGUGGACAGCCUACAGAAAGAAGGCAUUGAGGUGCGCAUUGUCAAAAGAGGAGAGUAUGAUGAGGACACAGUACGAUGGGCCGAUGCCAUCAUCUCUGCUGGAGGUGAUGGCACCAUGCUACUAGUUGCCAGUAAAGUGUAUGAUAAGAACAAACCUGUAUUGGGGGUCAAUACAGACCCAGAAAGGUCAGAAGGUCACCUGUGUUUACCUGUGCACUAUACACAUGCCUUUUCUGAGGCCUUACAGAAACUCAGGAAGGGUGAGUUCAGGUGGCAGUGGCGUCAGCGUAUCCGUAUGUACUUGGAGGGCACCGGGAUCAACCCGACUCCAGUGGACCUGCAUGAGCUGCAGCUGAGCCUCGAGCAGCACAGCAAGGCGCACCGCAUCACCACAGAAACUCAGAGCAGUAGGACACACGACAGUCCUGAAAGGCCUCACCUACUCCCUGUCCGAGGGCUCAAUGAGAUCUUCAUUGGGGAGUCCCUGUCGUCCAGGUUGAAGUAUAAAUCCUUCAAACCCCAUCUUAACCUCUCACUUCAUAGGGCUUCAUACUACGAAAUCUCCAUCGAUGACGGGCCGUGGGAGAAGCAGAAGAGCUCAGGGCUUAGCAUUUGCACUGGAACUGGAUCGAAAGCCUGGUCCUACAAUAUUAAUAAACUCGUGGAGCAGGCAGUGGAGGAUGUCCUUAGAAUAGGUAAAUUAAAAACGGGUUUGGAUGUUCCUCUAAAUCAGGAGUUCAUUGAGAGUGUGACUGAAACAUACAAUGAGUCGCUGAUCUUUGGCCCAGAGGAGGACAAACUUUUCUUCAGUAUAAGGGAGCCGAUAGUCAACAGAGUAUUUUCCAAUAGCAGACAAAGAGGUUUUGCCAAAAAGGUUUGUGUCCGCUCAAGGUGCUGGGAUGCCUGCAUGGUGGUGGAUGGUGGGACAUCCUUCGAGUUUAAUGAUGGUGCCAUUGCUACAAUCAGCUUAAAUGAGGAGGACCUGUUGCGAACUGUCAUUCUUGAUUAAAUCCUUUUGAUACAUCACUCUUUAUUUAUUGAGGACUGAAUAAUUGUCUUUUAAGCCAGACUUUGAGAUGGAACAGCAAGUUUUAAGGGAGGAAGGGGUUUGCAGAUGAAAUGAACAUUUAUAGUUAUAGGUUGUACUGGUAUAUAUAUAUCAGGAUUUCACAUUUCUGUAGUCUGUGCUUAAAUGAACCUCUGGGUUGCAGCCUUCAGAAAUAAACACCAGCAUUAUAUUGUCACAUCACUACAUCAGCCGUCUGUUUUAGAAAUGUGAUGGAUGCAGAUGUUUAAGC